AAACAGUAUGUUCCAGGCGGGCACACACACGAUACACGCACACGCGAGGCCACCGGCUCGCGGUCGGCAGCAGUGCUAGGGCCGAUUCGCGUGUCCGCCCGGAUGCUGCACGAGCACCAGCUGCUGCUCGCGCUGCCGGACGAGGGCGGAUGGCCUGGCGAGGAGCGCGGCGACGAGAUCUCCGCGUGGCGGAUGCGCGAGCGGAUGAAGACUCCGUCGCUCGUGCUCGUGUUGGCGCUCAACAUUGGCGUCGACCCGCCCGACGUGACCAAGCCGACGCCGUGCGCGAGGCUCGAGUGCUGGCUCGACCCGCUCGCCGGGCCGGUCGCGGGCCAGAAGGCGAUCGAGGCGAUCGCGACUGCGCUCCAGCAGCAGUACGAGCAGUGGCAGCCGCGCGGCACGAAGACCGUGCGGGCGUGCCUGGACCCGACGGCGCAGGAGGUGCGGAAGUGGUGCGCCUCGCUGCGCCGCGCGAGUCCCGGCCGCGACGAGCGGCUGCUGCUCCACUUUAACGGUCACGGCGUGCCGCGGCCGACAGUCAACGGGGAGGUCUGGCUCUUCAACCGCACCUUCACCCAGUACCACCCCGUCUCGAUCCUCGACCUGCUCUCGUGGCUCGGCACGCCGUGCGUCCUCGUCUUUGACUGCCACAACGCGGGGCGGCUGAACGAGGCGCCGCCCGAAGGGGAGGGCUGGCACUCGUGUGCUGUCCCGUUGACAUGUGUCUGCGAUCCUCAGGCGCUCGCCGCGAUGGGGCGGGCGGGCGAGGCGGCGCCCAAAGUCGGCCACGACGUGAUCGUGCUCUCUGCCUGCGCCGCGCACGAGGAGCUGCCAACCUCUCCGGAGCUGCCCGCCGACCUCUUCACCGCCUGCCUCACCUCGCCGCUCCGCGUCGCCCUCUCGUUCGUCCGGCGCGAUGGCCUCGUGGCGCUGCCCGACGAGCUGCUCGAGAGGCGCGCCUCGCUUGGCAUCUCGGCGCAUCUCGGCGCAUCUCGGCGCAUCUCGGCGCGUCCUCGUCGCAGGGUGCCUGGCUCGCCGUCGGAGCGGCGCACGCCUGCCGGGGAGCUCAACUGGAUCUUCACGGCGGUGACCGACGCCAUCGCGUGGGCCACUCUCCCGCGCGACCUCUUCCGCCGCCUCUUCCGCCAGGACAGCUCCUCGCUCCCUCUGCCGCAGCUGCAACUCGUCCAAAGAGCUCACUCCUCGCGUGUGCAUCGGCAGGACAUGCUCCUCGCCUCGCUCUGCCGCAACUUUCUCCUCGCGCAGCGCGUGUUUGCGCGCUCACAGCCUUCGAAGUCUCGCUCUCGCGCGGCGCGGCGGGCCUUGACGAAUGCUUUGAGUCACCUCCCUCCAAUUACGAAUCAGGUUUGGCUCUCGCGCGGCGCGGCGGAUGCGGCGGCGCCGGAGCAGCUGCCCAUCCUGCUGCAGGUGCUGCUCUCUCCGACGCACCGCUACGCCUCUUUGCUCCUGCUCGGCCGCUACGUCUCCCUCGGCCCCUUUGCGGUGCGGGAGACGCUCGGCGUCGGCAUCUUCCCCUACGUGCUCAAGCUGCUCUCCUCCUCGCCGACGGCCGAGCUGAGCACGCCGCUGCUGUACAUGUGGGCCGCCACGAUGCUCUACGACCGCUCGACGCGGAUCGAGCUGCUCAACCACCAGGCGCACUGCUUCUUCGUCGACCUCCUCCGCGCGCACCACUCGCCUAGGAGGCCCGCCGCCCCCGCCGCCCGGGCCCUCAGCGCCGGCGACAGCCCGAGCGGAGGCGCGGGCGGGCCUCCGGGGCAGCAGGAGGGCUCUCUGCCGCUCUCCGCGCCGCUCUCGUCGGUGCUCGCGCUCUUUGUGCUCACCGAGAUUUGCGACCGGCUCGAGGCGGGGCAGGCGGCGUGCCUCAAGCUCGGGCUCGAGCGCCGCCUGGCCGACGUGAUCCGCCACCUCCUCCCCUCCACCCGCCACUCCGCGCCGACCCUCUUCCAGCAGGGCGGCCACCCCGCCCCGCCCCGCCUCCACGUGCCGCCCGCGCCGCCCGCGCCGCCGCCGCUCCGCGCCGUCGCGUCGAUGCCGGCGAGGAGCGCCCCCGCACGGGAGGGGGCAGAGGCGCGCUCCCCCGGGCCGGUCCUAUUGCAGCCAAAGGCGUCCGUGCCGCCGCUCACUCCGCCCGCCGCAGCAGCCGCCGCCGCCGCCGCCGGAGAGGCUCCUCCCACCGCCACCACCACCGCCUCGCCGGGCCGCCGCCACGACUCCUCCUCCUCCGCGGCCCGCCCGACCCGCUCCUCCGCUUCGUCGGGCGCCCC